GCACCGCCCCGCCCUCCCGCUCAGGGCGCCCGGGGCGGGCAGUAACGGCGCCCGGGGCGGAGCGGGCCGCCAUGGAAGCGCGCAGCGAGGGGAUGCGCCGCGCCACGGCCAGCGGGGCCGCCUGCCUGCUGUCGGAGGACGACAGCCGUGCUGCCUCGCUGGCGAGGAGAGCAGAAGAUGGAGAUCCCUGGGCGUGCUUUCUAAGAGGACAGCGGUACUAUGAAGAGGGGAGGUAUGAAGAAGCAUUAGUACAAUUUGAAAAAAACAAGGAUACAGAUUUUCAGGCACUGUAUCAGCUUGGUGUAAUGCAUUACGAUGGACUAGGCACUAAUGAAGACCCUGAAAAGGGAGUGGAAUACAUGAAGAAAAUACUCAACUCUGAUUCUCCAGAAGCAAGACACUUAAGGUUUGCAGCUGCAUACAAUCUUGGCAGAGCAUAUUAUGAAGGAUAUGGUGUUAAGCAUUCAACUGAAGAGGCUGAAAGGUUGUGGCUUAUUGCUGCAGACCAUGGGAAUCCAAAAGCAAGCGUACAGGCCCAGAGUACUUUAGGCAUGCUUUAUUCCACGCCAGAUCUAAAGGAUCUGAAGAAGGCCUUUUUCUGGCAUUCAGAAGCAUGUGGGAACGGAAGCCUGGAAUCACAGGGUGCACUUGGUGUUAUGUAUCUCUAUGGACAAGGUGUACGUCGGAACAGUAAGGCCGCUCUGAAGUGCUUGAAAGCAGCAGCAGAAAGAGGAAACAUCUAUGCUCAAGGCCACCUUGUGGAAUAUUAUUACAAUAGAAGAUUCUUCUCAACAGCUGCUACCAUAGCCAAAAGGACUACAGAAAAUGACAACAUCGAGAUGCUAGCAACGAUGACUGACUGUCUGCCUGCACAUGUAGCCAAAGGGGUUGCUAUAGCUGCUUUCUACCUGGCUAGGUGCCUCCAUCUUGGCAGAGGCAUAGAGAAAGACGAAGCCGCUGCUAAAAAAUACUAUUCUAAGGCGUGCCUUCUGGAUCCUGAUGUUGCUUCUGAUCUUGAACUGAAAGCUAAUCUUGGAAGAAUUUAAGUGUUUCCUUCAGUUCUGGCAGGCCAGCUCCAUACAAGUUUCCCUAACUCCACUUAGCCUUGAGGAGGCCCACUCACUGCAGAAAACUACAGCAUUUAGUAAAAGAAUUGUUUAAUAUACCAUGCAACUGGUGAUAGAAGCAGUUCCGUGGAGGAUGUAUAACUGUAACCCAAACGACACAUGACAGAGUGCCAUGAAAUUUUAGUUUUAGUCAGUGAGCUAUUUUAGUCAUUCAUCUUUUCUUUGUUGUGUUUUCAAAGACACAACAGUGUUUUUUAUGCUUUAGUAUCAAAUAUGCCAACCUGUUUGGCCACAUGGGCUACCAUCCGCAUACACAAAUUCCCUCUGUGAGCCUGUACCAUUUGCAGACAUUCUUCAUCAAAACCAGCUUUGCUCCACAAGUUGUUGCUGCCAAGAGAAGUCUCUUAAGAGAAAAACUCCCUAAAACAUGCAUGUCUAAAGCAUAGAAAGAGGGAACACUAAUAAAAACUAAACAAUCCCA